AUUUUGUCUGAAAAACGCAGAUUAGAGUCUGACGAACGCAGCGUGGACAAACAUUUAACCAGUAUCCAAAAUGGGAAUCCUAGAGAAAAUCAGUGAAAUAGAGAAGGAGAUCGCUAGAACUCAGAAGAAUAAGGCAACAGAGUAUCAUCUGGGAUUACUGAAGGCGAAAUUGGCAAAAUACCGAUCGCAACUAUUAGAACCUCCUAAAUCUGCUGGGGGAGGUAAGGGCGAGGGAUUCGAUGUCAUGAAAUCAGGCGAUGCCAGAGUGGCCUUAAUUGGUUUUCCUUCUGUAGGAAAAUCGACGUUGUUGAAUAAGUUAACAACCACAACCAGUGUUAGUGCUUCUUACGAGUUCACAACUCUGACAUGCAUUCCUGGUGUGAUAGAAUAUAAUGGGGCUAACAUUCAACUGCUCGACUUGCCUGGAAUUAUAGAGGGUGCCUCUCAGGGUAAGGGAAGGGGUAAACAAGUUAUUGCUGUUGCUCGCACUGCUGACAUGGUCGUGAUGAUGUUAGAUGCUGCUAAGGGGGAGAUUCAGAAAGUUCUACUGGAAAAGGAAUUGGAGGACUGUGGCAUUCGCCUCAACUGUUCCAAGCCAAAUCUUUACUUCAAACAAAAGAAAGGAGGUGGUAUUUCUUUUAACUCCACAUGUUCUCUCACUCAUCUGGAUGAGAAGCUUGUGAUGAUGAUUCUCCAUGAGUAUAAGAUCUUCAAUGCAGAGGUGCUUAUUCGAGAAGAUUGCACAGCAGAUCAGCUGAUUGAUGUCAUCUGCGCUAACAGGAUCUACCUGCCAUGUGUUUAUGUCUACAACAAAAUUGACUGUAUUUCUAUAGAAGAAGUUGAUCGCUUGGCACGCCUUCCGCAUUCUGUUGUUGUUAGCUGUGAGAUGGAGCUAAACUUGGAUUACUUGUUGUCCCAGGUUUGGGAACAUCUUGCACUUCUCAGAGUCUACACCAAGAAGAGAGGUGAUCCACCUGACUUUAAUGGAGGACUGAUCCUUCGUCGUGGAGCCACUGUGGAACAUGUGUGUCAUGCUGUUCACAGGACACUAGUAGAUGUGUUUAAAUAUGCUUUAGUUUGGGGCACCAGCACCAAGUACAGCCCACAGCGUGUGGGAAUCAAUCAUACUAUGAAUGAUGAAGAUGUCAUUCAGAUUAUGAAAAAGUGAAUGUAAUUUAGCAGUGGCCAUUCAAGGACUUCUCUAAUUUUUUAAUUCACUUAUCUUAAAGAGUGAUCCCUGGAUUUUCUGUGUUUGUUCAAAUAAUAUAUUUCCAAAAGGAUGAAGAGAUUUUCUAACUCUCCUCUGUCUCCCUGGAUUUAGCAUGGGGUUGACAUUGCCACUUUGAUUCAGUUCACUUCUCAUGUUCCUCUCGGAGCAUGGGGCAAAAAAAAAAAAAAAAAUUUAAAGAGGAAGGAUGAUUCAAAGUCAUGGCCAAAACCUUUUGAGUAAAUAUUAGUUACAUUUUUUUUUUUAUGAACAGUGGUCUACCUGAGUUAAUUAAUGGUAACAAGAGUACAUGUAGUUAUUCCCUCUUUCUGGGUUUUCUCAGGAAGGAGGAAAGACAAGACAUUUUGAUUGAAAAAAAUUAAAACCAAAGUAUUCACACUAAGCAAUCUAAGUAAAAGAGAAAGUUUUUUGAAAAAUAACAGAUUUAAUCUAGAUAUCAUCAAGAAUUCAAAGUGGAUACAAGGAAAUGGUUUUAAGCAAUUGAAAUGCAAAUGACCGAAUGAAUCAAAUUUGGUUUAGUUUUACAUUUGUUGGCUGAAAUGGUGAUGUAGACUUUUUUCAACGAAGCCCAGAGUGUAGCAAUAGAAAAGCCAUAGCAGUCCUGACCCACCUUUGUCAACCAAGGGGAGACAAAAAAAUUAUUGUUUUCUCGUUGAUGGCCACUGGCUAAGAUUUUCAUUUUCUAUUUCCUACUUUCAUGGGUGGUUUCCUAUGCAGUUACAUACAAUAGAAAUAAAAGUUAUCAUAAAAACAUCAUAGUGAUAAUAAAAAUAUCAACCAACUCUGCCA